UCGCAACGAGACAAACCUUAAUCAUUGUUUACACAACCUUACGAUCGAAAAAUAAAUCGUAGAUAAACAAGCUCUACAAAACAUGUCUCACGCACAAGAUUCUGGCCGAAGCCGACAACAAACGAGCGCGUUUGACACAACUUUUAUCGCACGAUCUCCUUCCCCCAACCAACGUUUGCCAUCUCAAUACUGCAUUUCAUCAUCCACCUUCAUCUUCAUCACCAACACUGAGUAAGACGCAAUGUCAUCUCAAGAUCCCAUUCCCCAGCUGCUCAAAGCCAUGGCCGCCCUCCAAGAGAGCGCCGAACACUCUGAUCUGACCAUCACCUGCGGCUCUGAUGUCUACAAGGUGCACAAAGCCACCGUUUGCUCUCAGUCAGAGUUCUUCCGUCUUGCCUGCCGUAAGCGCCGUGGUUCCGAAGCCGAUUCCAAAGGCGACUUCAAGGAGGCUCAGACUGGCACCGUCGAUAUCCCUCGCAGCAACAAUGUCGAUAGUGUCGACGACGGCUGGGACGUGGAUGCAGAAGACCCAAAGUCCGUCAAGCUCAUGAUCCACUAUCUCUAUCACAUGGACUACCUCGAGGCCGAGACCGCAAAGAUAAAAAUGCAGUCAACCGCAGAGUUUCUCAAGGACAACGAUCUCAAGGACGGCAUUCUGAUCGACCACGCCAAGAUGUAUGCUAUGGGUGACAAAUACGGUAUCCCUGGACUCAGGUCCUUGGCCCGCACCAAGUUCAAUGACGCCCUACAGUACACUGGUGCCGGACUUGUCAAAGCCAUGAGGAUCGCCUACACCAGCACCGUCGACUCGGACAAAGACUUGCGUCUAGUCAUCGUCGACAAAUUGCACGGCAACAUGUCAUUCUGUCUCAACACUCCCGAAGUUGACAGGGCCAUCAAGGAACUCCCUGAGCUUGCUCAUGCUCUUCUGCGCAAGAUGUACGGUCUUUCGAACUGAACAAGAUUUUCACAGCUCAGCACUCGAGUACGAUCAGAAUAUGCCCGCAGACGUACCUGAUGAAAAUGCUCGUACGGAAGGCAUCCGCGGAAGGAGGUCGGAGUAUGAGACUAAGGAGUAGCACUGCAUCCAAAAAGACUGGUUGAACUGUUAGCAUGAGUUAAACAGAGAAUGCCCAUAGAACCUCAACCUCCAAAACAUGAACAUUGGUCGAAGUCAUUGUCCACA